AUGGCGAUAAAUCAAUACUCCAUUGAGGAUCGGUCUUUCCCGAAGACGUUUGAUUUAAUGCCAUGUCCAACAGUAUUAAACGAAAUGAAAUUAUUAAAAUCCAAGCUAAACUUGGUGUACAAAAAUAAAAAUAAAAAACAGCCUCAAGAGCUGUUCAGUCGGAAAACGUGUGAGGCCGACACACUGCCCGUCUACGCUGACGUACAGACAGUGAUCAAGUCGGUUGAGGCGAACGUCCCCGCAGACCUCGAUCAACUGGAGGAGAACUUCGGCCUUGAUCUGGACGUAGAUGUCUCCUCUGAAGCUGGGGCGUCGGCAAGACAGAGAAUGGUCAGCAAAUGGUGA